AUAUCUUUGAAUCAAGGAUCUCAUCCAUCCAUCUCAGAUAACUGAAAAUCAUGAUGGGCCUGUACGACGGGUGUUAAGGCAUGGGUACCUUACAACCUUGACCAACAAAAUCUGUUUAUGAUUCAUAUCUUCUACGCAUAAUCCUUAUAUUGCUCUUGUUAUCAUCGAAAACUUAAAGAUGAACAAGGCUAGUUACUUAGUAUUAAAUCAACAUUAAAUUUGUUUUUCCUCACUAUAAAUAUGGGUUUAACCGGCGCCAGGGCUUAGUUUGGCAACAGAAUUACAAUUAUGCAUUACGUUUAUGUUAUAGUGUUGACUUGUUUACUUGCACCGAAGACAGUGACUUUUGGGGCCGAUGUUCUUCCGAAGACGUGUGCUGAGAAGCAAGUAUUGAACUUUUUAACGGAAUGGCGCGAAGGAGUGGAGCUACCGGUGACACUGCCAUCGCUCGAUGUAAUUCAAAUUACAUCAUUUGAGAACGUAUACCAAGGAUUUGGGAUUAAAAUUUCUUACGUGACGGGUGAUAUGAAGCUGGAGGGUGUACGUAACUUUACCGUACAGCAACUAUCCCUGUCAUCAGACUACACCCGAGCAUCCGCCACUGUUCGCUUCCCUCUCUUGAGACUUACUUCAGAUAAUUAUACAUUAAAGGGCCGUGCAUACCUACUGUAUCCUCUAUCAGGUGCUGGAUUUAUGAACGUUACAUUCCAAAAUGUCGACGUAACCGUUGGGAUCACCUUUGUUUCAAAAGGUGGUAUAACACAGGCUGGAGAAAUAAAUUUAAAUUUAACCAUUGGAGAUGUUAAGAUAAAUUUGGCAAACAGUUCAUGGCCGCUGAACCAAGUGCUAAGCCUAAGACGAAUGGAAAUUAUCGAGGAAUAUCGAAGCACAUUUAUAUCGGCGAGUAAAGACUAUUUGAAAUUUGAAUUAGAUAGAGUUCUCGGAAAUACAACUACAGUGGAUACUAUAAGGACGAUUGCAAAUAAUUAUUGUAAAUUAACAGCAAACAAUUAGUACCAUUAAACUAAUCAGUGCUAAAAAAGGAACAUGAAUAUAAUCUUCUAUUAGGUAUAUGAAGUUCUCGUGUCACGGUGUCCGAAAUUGAACGGAGGAGGAAACAGCUCGACCGACUCUCAUGAAAUUUUUGUGUGCAUUUUGGGUAUGUCUAAGAAUAGGACCACAUUUAUUUUUAAUGGCCCCUUCGUCACCCGCAAAAUACUCUGAGGAUUAGUUUCCAGUUAAAUUGUAACAUCGUAGGAUGAGAUUAACGUGCACACCUUGUCCCCGCUUUGAUCUCAUGGCAGGCGUGUUUUUUUUUUGUCUGGCUAGUGUGAGACAAUAUCUAACAAGAUUCAAAUGUAGUUAAUAAGUCAGAUAUGGUAUCAAUAGUAUAUUAUUCAAUUAUAAAAUAUAAAAUAUAAACUAUUAGGAAUUCAUGUAUUAGUAAAAUAUUCAAUUUUGUUUGUUAUGUGGGAUUAGGAAUUGCCAAUCAUCGCAGCAAUGACAGCAUUGUAAACACAAUUGGACAGAUUUUUAGUCGGUUUUUUUGUUCCUUAUAUUUUAAGUGUAUUUUAAAAUUAGAUUUAUUUGUAAUUUUUUCAGCUCCCAGUCUGUAAAAGAAACUGAAUAAAUGAUUCGAAUGAAGCAG